AAUGUCAUUCUAACUGAAAUAUUUGAGGUUAUAAAGGUUUAUUUGUAUAUUUAUAGUUAUUUCAAAUAAAACAAGAGUUCAAUUAUCACAACAUGACGAUAGAAAAUUGUACAGCCGCAAAUACAGAAUCUGUACAAAUUCCAGCCGAUGAAGAAAGAGAUGACAUGUUAAAGUAUUUAGCGGAUAAAAGUGAGAUAUGUUUCAAAAGCCAGCAAAUUUGGGAGGCCGACUUGACCAAUGAAGAAAAAUAUCAAAUCGGCUUGGACCUGUUCGAAAGCAAUAAAUUGCAGUUUUUGAUGAAGUUCGGUAAAUACUUGAAUACCCCUCAAUUAAUCUAUUUCAAAAGGAUAGUUGAUGCAGAGCACAAUGAAGAAAUGGACAUAAUAAUAGCCGAUUUAACAAAAAAAUCGUCCGAAACACAAAACACCACAGUUAAAAAUCGAAGGUACCAAGCAAUGCUCCAAAUGGUGAAUAAGGGUUUAUAUUUCUCUGAAAUCGAAAUGAUGAAGAGGAACCCUUUACUAUACCACCAGCUGAUAGGACAGUAUCUAACAGCAGACGAUAUAGAAGAAAGAGACAGAUCUGCUAAUUGCGAGUAUGGUCUAGUUAAAAUAUUAAUGGAUGGCAUAGAAAGAGACAACGCCGAUGAAUUGAAAACCCAGCAUGAAAACAUCGAAAGAUUGCAAAUGGAAGAAGAAAGCGAUGAUGAUAUUCCGAAUAACCCCCCGCCAUGUUCUUCCACUUCGCAUUGGGGCGAAAUAGGCGACAGUAGAAUUCAACAGAAGGCGUUUUCUUCCAAAGGAAAGAAGAAAGCCACGAAAAUAACACCGGAAGAACAGAAGUUACUUAAAGAAGAAUUCAUCACCACCAUGUACGAAUCUUUCUUAGAUGGCAAAGAUGAAGAUUUCGAAUACGAAAAUGUAGACAACGAUACUUCAUACGAUAACAUAGAGGCAAUGGAAAAUGAUGAAGAAGAGAAAUAUUUCAAUUCCGAAUCUGACGAAAUAAAAGACGAUGCAAUUGAUGAUGCGAGUUCCGAGGAUGAAUUAGAUAUAUUCAUGAAAACUUUACGUUAAU